AUGCCGCGCUCAAGUGAAAAAGACAAAAUUGUAGCAGUUUUGUGCCUAAAUCAUAUGAUUAAUUUACUGGAUAUGAAUUCGAGCAACGAGGAAGAUGAAGCGAUUGAAAAUUUUAAUUCAUACAUGCUUUGUGUGCUAAAUAAUCGCAGAGGUGUUCACCUUGGCAUUCCAAAAUCAUGCGAAUGCGAGCAAACGGUGCUCAGAAAAUUCGAUGAUAACAGGUUCUAUCAAAUGGUUAGGGUCCGUCCCGAGGAGUUUUGUUAUAUUUUAAACUUAAUAAAGCAUGACGAAGUUUUUAACACAAGUUCAAGGGAAGUGCAGCUCCCAGUAGAAUUGCAGUUUAAAAUUGUACUUUACCGUUUAGGAUCAUCCGGUGAAGGACAAUCUGUGCGUAAAGUAGCUUUCCUUUUUGGUGUUGGUGAUGGGGCACUAUUUUCCAUUUUAAAAUUGAAGUCUAAAUUCCUAUUUUAG